CACACACACACGCGCGCGCGCGCGCCGCUCGCUCGCACCCUCCCCGGCGCUCACACGCGCGCUCGCACGCGCACUCCCGCCGGGCCCGAGAGCCGUGCCGCCGCGUCCCGGUCCCUCCGAGCCCAGACGCACCAUGUCUUCGCCUCCCAAAGAGAAAGUGGAGACGAGAGCUGGACACCUGCCGGCCGUGAAGGCUGGUGGAAUGCGAAUUGUGCAGAAACACCCACAUACUGGAGACACCAAAGAAGAGAAAGACAAGGAUGACCAAGAAUGGGAAAGCCCCAGCCCACCCAAACCGACCGUGUUCAUCUCUGGGGUCAUCGCCCGGGGUGACAAAGACUUCCCCCCAGCGGCCGCGCAGGUGGCUCACCAGAAGCCCCACGCCUCCAUGGACAAGCACCCCUCCCCCAGGACCCCGCACAUCCAGCAGCCGCGCAAGUGAGCCGUGCCCAGACCCCGGCGCCGUCACCAGCAGCGCCCUGGCUGUCCUGCCUCGGUGUCCUGCCUCGGUGUCCUGCCUCGGCGUCCCUCGACGAAGAGAACUGGCACUUUCUCCAAAACACUGUCCACUGGGAAAUCUAAGACAAAGCCAAGUACUCCUUCCUUUGCCUUAGAUUUCCAUAUUCGAAACUAGGAAUGGCUCGAACCCCAAACUUUCUUCACAGGGAUCUCAGGUUGGAUGUCAUUUGAGGAUCAUUUUGCCCCCCCUUCCCCCCAGAAGUGCCAUCAGUAGAAUUUGCCAAGAUAUGAGUAAAAUGAAGUGAUUUGGACUUUAGCUUUAGAUCUGUUUCAGCAGUUGCCCGAAGUCCCUGUCUGCGGCCUUAAAAACAAGAAGGUGCAGAUGUGGGAGGAUUAGGUUAAGGUUAGGGGAAAGCUCAAUCAUUACGUGCUUUUUAGUAAUAGGACCAUGAAGUCUUCACACCUACGGGAGCGUAAGAAAUAAGAGAGUCGACUAAGAUGCGGGUUUCAGGGAGGCAGAGCAGGAAAGCCCUAGAAACAGGCGGCGGCUGCGCCGAAUGUCCCCUCCCUCCCCCCGCACGCCGAGGGAUCCCUGUACAGGGUGACCAAGCUCUCACGGGAAAAGCAAAAGAAAACAAGUAUUUUUUGAAAUGGCUCUUUUAUUCCAGGAGUCAAUGUGCCAGAAAAUAAGGGUGUAGGCGGUUUGCUCAGAGGCUGUUCCUCUGCGGUGAGAUCCCAGCAUGGCGAGCCCAGCAUGGCUGCAAGCCAGACAGGCUCCUCUGGGGAAACUGAGGCAAACCUAUGUGGGGUUUUUUUUGUUUUUGUUUUUUUUUUUUUGGUAAUCACCUCUAGAACUGCUUUUGAAGUGUCCAGGGUGGAGGAAUAGACUCACAGCUAAUUCUGGAACACCUGAGCAAGAGAGUUGAAAGCAAGGAAAGACCAGGAAAAAAAAAAAAAACCCAGGGACACAAAACACCACAUUCCAUUUGAGCUGGGAAAGCCUGUUGUUGACCAGUGUGACUGUCCAGAAGUCUGCCUGGGCCCUUCCUCACCCGGGCGCAUCAGACUAUCUCUGAUUGCUGCAGGGUCUCCUGCCCGGAGCUGCCCUAGGCUGCUCCCAGGCUCACGGCUUUUCUGAAAAGCCAAAGGGCUGGUUCAGCCAGGCGUGAAAUCUCCCGAGCGCAGCUUCCGGAGGGGCCGGCCGCGGGCGGCCCGCAUGUCGGCAUGUGCCGCGAGCAGCGUCCACGGCGCCAGCCUUGCGAUGCCACUCUGCAACCCGCGUCUGCCAGCUGGCAGGGCAGCAGCAGACCUGGCGGACCCGGAGGGCGAGGCACAGCUCAGCCUCACAUUUAAAGGCAGCGUCUGGUUUCCCAUCCGAGUGACCUACGGGAAACCAGUGUGUAACGCUCAAGGCACUGGGUGGUCACUUCUUGAAUUUCUUAGUCACUUCAGUUGGUAUAAACUGAAGGUGGCUUUUGGAGACCCAGCCUUGACCGGCAGCGCUGCCAUGAAACACUGAGCCAGCAGCCUCCUCCCCGAGGACCUCCUGUAGCCGGUGCCUGGGAGGGCCCCGGGAGCGCCAGGCCAGGCGUGGGACCAUCGGACCCUCCCCACAGAAAUCCAGAGGCGUCCUUACUGCCUUCCAGUCUGCAGCUGGAGGGAGGGCUGUCAUUCCCAAAGGUGUGGCGUUCAUGUACUUGUAUCUAGAUCUGGCAUGCGCCUGUGGGUUCUAGAUCAUUGACAUGAAUUGUUUUCCUAAAUGAGUUUAUCAAUUGUUAUCAAGGAUAAUAAUGAUUCUAAUAAAGCUUCUGCAUUUCUUCUUA